ACGGUCUCAUAGGCUCAGCCCAGUCCCCCACCACUCUCCGUCGCAUUUUUUAUCCCCUAACUCGGUGGUACAAAGAGUAACCGGGAUCCGCUUCUAUCCACCCCUGGGGGAGGAGGAGGAGGAAGACGAAGCCAUCGAUGGAGGGAGGAGGAGCGGAGGAGGAAUCUUCGAGAUCGGCGGCAGCGGAGGUGGCGAAGCCGGAGAUGCUGGCGGGGCUCACGGUGGAGGAGCAGGAGGAACUCCGGACGACGAUCGAGGCGCACCACGUGUACCGGGUGGAGCCGGGCCAAUGCUUCUCGCUGCUGGCCCAGCGGAUCCGCGCCCCGGCCGCCACCGUCUGGUCGGUGGUCCGCCGCUUCGACCGCCCUCAGAUCUACAAGCACUUCAUCCGGAGCUGCGCCAUCAAGGGCGGGGGCGAUGUCCGCGUGGGCUGCCUCCGCGAUGUCAGCGUCAUCUCCGGCCUCCCGGCGAGCACCAGCAUGGAGCGGCUCGACGUGCUCGACGAGGACCGCCGGGUCGCCGGGUUCAGCAUCAUCGGUGGUGAGCACCGCCUCCGGAACUACCGGUCGGUGACGACGGUCUCCGAGCUCGGACGGCCGGGGGGAGGGAUCUGGACGGUGGUGCUGGAAUCCUAUGUCGUGGACGUGCCGGAGGGGAACACCGUAGACGACACCCGGCUCUUCGCCGACACCGUUGUCCGCCUCAACCUACAGAAGCUAGCCUCGGUCACCGAGGCGAUGGCGGCCGCCGCCGCCGCCGAUCCGGAGAAGGGGAAGUGACCGUAGAUCUCUCCGCCCUGCCCGGAGGGGAACAAAAGCCCUGGGAGGAGGAUGAGGAGAAGACGGGGGAAAAAAAUUAUUAUCAUUUUCUAGCUUUUGUUUCCGGGGUCCGUGAUGUGAGAAUGUCGUAAUUUAGUAGACGAAAUUACUGAAACCUCCCCAUCCUCUCGUGUUCAUUUGCUAAAGUCCUCCAGUUUCGGCUGGAGCAAGUGUCUAUUUUGUGUGGAAUUAGUGACGUUUGUGUAAUUUUACCUUUUUUUUUUUUUUUU